GGGGGUAUAAUCAGAACCGAUUUGAACACGCGGGGAAAUUAUACUGUGGGUAUUAUGUUGUAUAUGGUGAUAAACCAACCUACAAGUGGUUAAACCACUUACUGGUUGGCCGAACCAACCAUUGUUGGUGCUUCUACAAAAUGUAAAUGCCGGGGUCAAUAGUUUACUCGAAUAAUUUGUUUCCAAGCAAAUUGAAUCAACGUCGUUUAUUGAUUAUUGGCAACUCGAGUAAGUAGGAACGUGUUUAUUUGGCGAGCACUCCAUGAUUUAAAUAUUUAACAAGGUUAGUUCGCCACAAACUCGGAGGUUCUAUUUAACAAUGUUGGUGCUUAUUGGCGACUUUUUAAAUUUAUAAUUUACUUGUGAGCGUUCAUAUUGGCUCAUUACGUCACGUGAUUGAGUGUUAACACGGAAUACGUCAUCAAUCUAUAAUAUUGUAUAAAUAGAAGUCGCGAAUUAGCGUGACGUGGCUUUUAUCGACCCACUGUGACGUACAUGGUGGUUGCGUUUAACAUGGGUCUGUUGGUGCAAUACAUGAUGUAUAAGCCACUACAAUGUCGUGUUUAAACAUUUAUAUUUCCCGCCAUUAAGAAACAACUAAACUAAGGUAAUGUUUUUUCAAUGAGAAAGGUUUUUCUUUUCGCACACCUCCUAAAACCGUGUCAAUCAUAACGACAAACAUUAAACACGCGAAAAACAAAGUCUUCAAAAUCGUUUUUAACGCUCGGUCAUCUUAGGCACAACAAUGUGCUUGUUACGUCACAAAGGGUUUUGUAUCGAUCCAGCGAUUCUUCUGUUUUGAUCAACAAUGGAUACGCUUCAAUGAACGGAGGUUUCCACCAAUCAAAGGCGGGAGCAAUUAAAGUUAGCGGGUUGGCGAAGAAGACGGACUACCCGGCUUAUGGCGUCACAGGGCCCAACCCUUUGCAUGAUCAAACGUUUGAACCGAAAUGCGACGGAAAUUUAAAUAAAAGUGCCGAAGUGUUUCAUUAUAAUCAAACAAAAAAGAAGAUUAAAGCAACGAACAGCAUACACAACCAUACACACGAUCAUGAGCCGCAUGGUGGCGCUGCGGAGAUGAACGACGAAGAAACGAGUGAUGGGGAAUACACGGUGUAUGAAUGCAGUGGGUUCGCAUCGGUAGUGGAAGGACCAAUGGAGAUCCACAAUCCAUUGUUUGAAGACACCUCGCAUAAGCUUUCAACAAAUGGGAUGGUUAUACCAGAGCAAGUUCGACCGUGAAAACGUAUAUUUAUCAUAUCGUGAUAUUUAUCAUAUCGUGAUAUUUAUCAUAUCGUGAUAUUUAUCAUAUCGUGAUAUUUAUCAUAUCGUGAUAUUUAUCAUAUCGUGAUAUUUAUCAUAUCGUGAUAUUUAUCAUAUCGUGAUAUUUAUCAUAUCGUGAUAUUUAUCAUAUCGUGAUAUUUAUCAUAUCGUGAUAUUUAUCAUAUCGUGAUAUUUAUCAUAUCGUGAUAUUUAUCAUAUCGUGAUAUUUAUCAU